GAAUGCGAAAUUCAUGUUCAAGUCAAUGAUGCAUAUUGACAAAGAAUGUUAAAAUUUACACCUAUGUCGAUCCUACACUUGCAACGUCAAAGCGGUUCGUUUUACAGUUGAAAAACAAGGGUCGAAUAAGGAUGACAGAAGACAUGGACCAACUAAACAAAUAUUUCAACAGAUCCGCAUCAGUAUCUUCGAAACCGAACGUUCUAGAAUGCCGGGUUUGCGAAGAAGUUUUCACUGCUGAAGGUGGGAAAGUACCACGUCUACUUCACUGCGGUCACACUGUGUGUCACUCUUGUUUACUGCGUCUUCGUCCCUGUGUGUCGGAUCAAAAGUUCCUUUUAUGUCCCUUCGACCGGCAGCCCACAGCCAUCAAGAAGAAUGGAGUGUAUAGUCUAAAGAAGAACUUUGUGCUCAUCGAACUCUUGGAAAGGCUAGAAGAGUCAAAUAUUGAGAAAAAUAUGAAACUCGAACGGGAGAGGCUACAGUCUACUCAGCCGUGCGACGAAGAUGAGAAACAUGUUGCUGUUCUGUACUGCACAGUAUGCAUGACUCACCUUUGCGACGCCUGCGAUGUUCUCACUCACUCGUCAAAAACUCUCGCCAGACACAGGCGUAUUCCUUUGUCUGAAAAACCAAAGGAAAAACCAAAGUGUCCCACUCAUAGCACGCAUAUCGCUGAAUUCACAUGCACACAGGAUGGAUGCAACAGUGCUCUUAUGUGCUACCUUUGCAGGGACUAUGGGAGGCACAGUACUCACAAGCAUACAUUGGUAGAGACAGAAGCUGAGAAUAUCCGAGUUUCAAUCAUCACAGCAAUGCAAAAAAUGACUCUAUUUACGGAAAACAUGAGGGAUACAGCUCAUAGGAUAGAAAUUGUAAUACAGGAACUAGAAGGCUGGGCAAUAGAAGAUGCUCGGCAGCGAGUACGUCAGCACUUUGAAAAGCUGAGGUCACUGCUAGCAAAACAGGAAAAAGCAGCUGCAAUGAGCGUUGAUGCUGAAACAAGGGAAAGACUUUGCACGCUUAGAGAAUUACACGAAAAUCUGAAUAUGACUAGGACCCAAGUUGCCGAAGUUUGCAUUCAGUGGGAGAGUCUGUUGGGUUCUGAAGAUUGGAAACUGCUCAGCAGCGCCAGAGAUGUCAGCCAAGUUCUGACGUCAUUGGAACAGCAGCAGAAACAUUACGCUCAGCUUGGUCCAGACCUGCUCACGCCCGAAUCCUCUAUUCCCAUAAUAUUUAGCAGGGACAACAGAGUUUAUAUUGGAACAAAGAUAGAAAUGAGAGUCGUGAUACUUGGCCUAGAUGGGGCUGGAAAAACUAGCAUUUUAUUUGCCAUGAGGGACAUGGCUUUGUGCAGUCCGCCGAUUCCUACCAUUGGAUUCAACGUAGAGAGUCUGGAGUACAAAAACCUGGUGUUUGCAUUGUGGGAUGUUGGUGGACAACAUAAAUUGAGGCCACUGUGGAAGCAUUACUACCAUAAUACUCAGGCUGUCGUUUUUGUUGUCGAUGCUAGCGAUAGGUUACGAUUCAAAGAGGCGCAUAAAGAACUGACAAAAAUUGUUAGCGAACCCGAACUGAAAGAUGCCUUGUUACUUAUAUACGCCAACAAGCAGGAUGUACCAGGUUGUGCGACAGUCGAAGAGCUGACGGAAAUCCUUUCGUUACAAAAAUUUUGCUGUGGUAGAGCCUGGCAUAUAGAGGGAUCUUCGCCUCUGACUGACUCCACUGGUCUCAUUCAGGGAUUAGACUGGCUGACACAGCAAUUGGGUGCAAACGAGGCCCUGUACACUAACAGUACCUAAACAUAAAAAAUACUAGCAUUGCAGGUAGAAAAAAUUUGGAGAACGAUUCCGGAAGAAGAUUACGGAUUGAAGCAAUUGUUUAAUGCAGAUGAAACUGCGGUUGAAACGACUUUUUCUUCAGAAAUGAUGAAAGUUAGGACAAUGUUAAAUUGGCUCAACUUUGUAGUUUUAAAUCUGAAGAUGCAAUCAAUGCUGCAAAUAUUGUGAUAGAAUAUUUCAAUUAUAAUAAUGGCUUAUCACCUUCAGUCUUUGAUGUGUAGAAAAAUUCCGAAGAGAUGGCUAUGAAAUUAGUACAAAAUUAAAAAUGCUCGAUAUUUUCCAAAGUUGUACAUAAAGUAAUUAUUUUUGCGACAGUACAAGAAAAAGAGCAUUGGAGUGCAUCUUUGUGUCUUAGUACUGAAAAGUGCUUUUUCUUGAUACUCCAUUAUACGAAAAAAAUUUGUAAUCGACAAUUUUGUUACAUAAAGUAUCAUGUGCACCUUGAGAUAGUUUUUUUCGCCUCAUAUAUUUGCCAUAUUCGUCUUUGGCUUGUGCAUGCGCUCGCCUACGACUCAUUGCAAACUUACGCUUGGUGUAAGUCUCCUUGGUGCACAAUCUAUUUAAUUUUCUUAGCUCCGGUAAAGCAAUGUGCAGCUUCCAUUUCAGGACUACUACGUAUGUAUGUACAUUAGUGUAUAUUUAUAUAUGUCACCAAAUAAAUUACGAUAAUUAACGCUUUUAGAAACCAAUCGUCUAUUCUCUGAUGACGUCGUGCAAAUAUUGGGUAAAUAAAUUUUCCCAAAUCUCUAACAAGUAAAAGUUUACAAACGUAUUUAGUCUUCUUUUCGUUCCAUGUUUAUCAUUUUCCCAUGCAAACGGUAGAGAAACAAUGAUGGGAAAUAGGAAAUUGGCGAGUGUCAAUAAACAAAGCAAAGUCUAGAAAAGUCUUAUUUAUUUAUUAUAUGGUUAUUGGUGGUUUGAUACAAUUAUUAGCUAUUGUUAUCACUCACUCACGAUUUGCACACACCCAUCACUUUUUGCUUUUUCUUUCAAUUCAUAACCACUAUUAGAAGUCGCAGCGCAUUAUUACGACGCGUACCCACUGUACUUGUAAGGAGAAUGAAAUAAUAAUAUUAAUUCUUGUAUCAUCCAAAGUAAAUUUCAAAAUUACUUUAAUACAAUAUAAUAUAUAAAAACA